AUGGCUGUCGAACAUCGAGGCAAAGCCCUGAAAUACUUGAGCAGUGCUCUCGCAUCACCCAGUCACCCUAACAGAACGGAACUGGAUCUUAUCUUGGCAACAACCUAUGCGCUUACAUUUCAAGCAAGCUAUAUGAUUGACGGACUCAUUGACUUUGCCGUUAUGGUUCGAGGCUGCUCUAUCGUCACUCGGUAUAUUUUGGCACAGUACCAAUGCAGUGAGAUGUUCAAGCUGCUGAUGCCAAACGAUAUUUACGCUUACGUAUGGCCUUUGUUGUCCGCGGAACCCUCUCAUUCUCCUGAGAUGAUUGAUGCGUGUAUUGAGACACUAGAAGCUAUCCAACCGCUACUACAGGGUGACAUCCCUCGUCACCUUACUUAUAACGCAAUACUCUCCACUUACCAAGCCAUGAAAGUCUCCGCGCAGCAGGCCUUUCUCACGUUUACAUUCAUCUACAGCUCCUGGGAUCAUAUAAACGACCAUGAUUUCAUCAAGUUUUUGAACCCUGGCGAUCCCGUCUCAAGUCUGCUUCUCAUCCAUUUUAUUGCAGCCACGAUUAUGAUGCGACCGAUCUUUGAGGUCCUGAGAGUAGACAUUGUGAGUACACCGAAGGACGCGCUCGCUAACCACCACUGGGGAAUUCAUAGAUAUGAGUCUCUUCCGGCAAAGUUUCGUGGAUUAGUAGAGUGGCAAGUUAGCCUCAUUAAUGCUGAUAAAGCGUGGAUUGAGAGUGGGCUAAAAUUACAUGCGAUGGGCAGCAGGGCAACUAUAUAG